UUGGGUUAUAAAAUUUGAUGGUUUACCAAAAUGACAAUUAUAAAAGAAAGAAUAGCGUUACAAAACUUUAUGUGCAUAAACGAUUAUGAUUCAUUUUUGAAGAUUUACUGAAUAAAUUAUUUUUAAAUAAAUAAUCGAAAUUAUUGUCAAGCUGUAUGUUCUAUUGAUAAUGGAGAAUUUAAGAUUGGAAAAUUUAUAUAUUCAUGUCACAAACCGAGCUAGACCAAUCACCAUCAGAACAAGCAAUAUUGCAAGCACGAGGCUAUAAAAUAAUGAAAAAACUUGGUGAAGGUUCUUUUGCUAAAGUUUUUUUAGCUGAAUAUAAACCUAAUGAUGAUCCAGAUAGUAAUAUCAGUCUAGCUUGUAAAAUAGUUGAUACAUCAAAUGCACCAAAAGAUAUUGUAAGGAAAUUCUUUCCACGUGAAUUAGAUAUUCUGGUGAAGCUCAAUCAUCCACAUGUUGUCCAAGUGCAUAGUAUAUUUCAGAGGCGCACAAAAUAUUUCAUAUUCAUGAGAUUUGCCGAGAAUGGUGAUCUCUUACAGUAUAUUUUAAAAAAUGGCCCUGUUGGUGAAAGUCAAGCACGAGUUUGGUUAAGACAGCUUGCUCUCGGUUUACAAUAUUUACAUGAAAUGGAAAUAGCUCAUCGUGACAUAAAAUGUGAAAAUGUAUUACUAACAACAAAUUUCAAUGUAAAGCUUGCAGAUUUUGGUUUUGCUCGUUAUGUAACAGAUAUUCGUGGAAAGAGAGUGAUGAGCGAUACUUUUUGCGGUUCUUUAUUAUACGCAGCACCAGAAAUACUCCGAGGCACUCCUUAUAAUCCUAAAAUUGCUGAUGUCUGGUCACUCGGUGUGAUUUUAUAUAUUAUUUUGAACAAAGCUAUGCCUUUUGAUGAUACAAAUUUGACACGUUUAUAUGAGCUGCAAACUAAUCGUCGUUGGAAAUUUCGACGAAAAAUAGUUGAUGAGCUCAGUGAGAAUGUAAAAAAAUUAAUUACCAAUCUUCUUGAACCUGAUACGUCAAAGAGGUGGAAAACUGAUCAAGUUGUUCAUAGCAGUUGGAUUGCAAUGGAUCCGAGAUUAGUUAUACUUAGUCCUAUUGAACAAGCUGCUCUCAAUAAUGCGAUUGAUGAACGCAAAAAGAAUGAACAAAAAUAUUCAAAAAAGCAUACGAUAAUUUUUAAAGUUGACCAGCAAGACAAUUCAGAGUAUAAACAAAAUAUUCCAGAUGCAGAGAAUAUAAAAAUAAUAAAAGAAGUUGACAAAACCCCCAUCAAUUCCUCCUUCAUUGAAGGUGAUAAUUUAUUUAAAAAUAGUGAACCAAUAGCUGCUACAACGUAAUUUAUGAUAAUGUAUUUUCUUUACAUUAUUUAAAAUUGGCAUUAAUAGAAAAAA